CGCUCAGUGUGAGGGUGAUGGCGGCGGGGGAACCGGGCGAGCCGGGCCGCUACGGCUUCAGGUUCCUGCCUCAGAAGACGUUCCCGGCCCUGAGCGCGCCCGAGACCGCCAGCCGCCUGCGACAGUGGUCCAUGCUGGGCAGGGUCCAGGCGCAGGCGUUCGGCUUCGACCGGCCCUUCCAGGCCUAUCGCAAGGACGAGUUCGUGAUGGCAUUUUUCAAGGACCCAAAUGUUAUUUCCAAUUUGAAGUUACUUUCAGAAUCUUCUGGAGACUGGGUUACAUUAGGAACUGAAGUGAAAAAAAUUGAAGCUAUAAACGUUCCUUGCACACAGAUAUCCAUGUCAUUUUUUAAUCGGUUGUAUGCUGAAAAUAUUGUGCGAGACAAUGGACAUAUUGUGAAAUGUUUAGAUUCUUUUUGUGACCCUUUUGUUAUUUCUGAUGAGUUGCGAAAAGUUUUACUAGAGGAAGACUCAGAAAAAUAUGAAAUAUUCAGCCCAGAGGAUAGAGAAGAAUUCCUGUUUCGUCUAUUCAAACAUCUUUGCCUUGGUGGAGCUCUCUGUCAGUAUGAAGAUGUGCUUAAACCCUAUUUGGAAACAACAAAGCUCAUCUAUAAGGAUCUUCUGAGUGUUCGAAAGAUUCCUCAAACAAAGAAAAUACAAAUAACAUCUUUUAUCUUUAAAGUUACUGCAUAUGAUUCCAUUGGUGUGUGCUAUCCAUCCACGAAGACCCAUGAACAGACAUUUUCUUACUUUAUUGUGGAUCCUUUUAGACGUCACCUUCAUGUUUUCUACCACAGCUAUGGGAUGGGGGACAUGUCCUAACCAUGUCUUUAAAAAAAAAUUUUCCAUGUUUACUAUUUUAAAUUUUUACCAAUUAUUAAGUUUUUCUACUGACUGAUACACAUUUACUUUAUAUACUAAUUCAAGUAAAAAUAUCAAGAAUCUGUUUAAGCAAAGAAAAUAAAUAACCAAGAUUAAAUCUGUUUAGAAUCCUAACCCAAGAACCAAAUUCUAUCCCUAACAUAAUCAGUACCUAUACAAUUGUGGUGGAAAAUCAGAACUGAAAGUUGUUUAUAUUUGCUUUAUUAAGAUUCAAGUGAUUAUUCCAUUUUCUUUGUAUUUUAGUUUAAAAGCUAAUUGAUUCUGUGUUGAAAUUGUGGCAGAAAACUAAAUUUUCUAUAGGGAUCCCUAAUUAUUAUCACUGAAUUAUUAGCCUUUACAUUUUGACUUUCAUUUCACUACAGCUCUUCAUUGCAAAAAGAUUUACAUCUCUUGUGUUGUGAAGAAUAAUCCCUUGUUCUUAUUUCAUGCACUUUAAAUCUCA